GGUGAGCUCAGUACCUGGAUUUGACUUGCUGUUUGUUCCUCCCUCAGCUCCUGAACACCCGCCUGUCAAGAUGUCCUGCCAGCAGAGCCAGCAGCAGUGCCAGCCUCCUCCUAAGUGCACCCCCAAGUGCCCACCUAAGUGCCAGACUCCUAAAUGUCCCCCAAAGUGUCCCCCUAAGUGCCCUCCAGUCUCUUCCUGCUGCAGUGUCAACUCUGGGGGCUGCUGUGGCUCCAGCUCGGGGGGCUGCUGUGGCUCCAGCUCUGGGGGCUGCUGCAGUUCUGGGGGUGGUGGCUGCUGCCUGAGCCACCACAGGCGCCGCAGGUCCCAUUGUCGCAGACCCCAGAGCUCUGACUGCUGCAGUCAGCCCUGCGGGGGUUCCAGCUGCUGUGGAGGAGGGAGCAACCAGCAGUCUGGAGGCUGCUGCUGAAGCGGA